AAGCAAGCAACACGGACAGCUGUUUUUCAAAUUUUCAAUACACAAAACAAAAACAAUGUAAAAGUUGUCAAUUUUUUAACUUUAAAUGCAAAUAUCUUUAAAACUAUAAGUCAGCGGCAAUUAUAUAUAUAUAUUUUCGUGAUCUGGAGAACGUCACCUUUCCAGUGGUAGCCAUUUUAUUCCCGAAAUCCGGGAAUGCUAUUCUAAAUCCCAGCCCCAAAAAAUCCUGAGGUAGAUGAUAAUUCUUUUACGAAUGGCUAUGAGGAAGCGACGCUCCGAAUGGACACUCCAGGAUGAGACUGAGCUGCUGGAGAAUUGGGAGUCGCGUUCCAACGACCUCCGAAAAGCCAAAAGGAAUGCACAUAUAUAUCAAGAAAUUUCAAUGGAAAUGGGAAGAAGAUACACUGCGGAGGAGAUUCACUGCAAAGUGAAAAAUUUAACAAAAAAAUACAGAGAGGAGAAAAGUAAAAUUGACCCAUUUGGCGGAAGUCCCUCUGUAUGGAAACAUUACCAGGCAGUACACCGCAUCAUGGGGACCACUGCCGUCAAUUCGGCAUUGUAUAUGAAAACUGAUUCUUUGAUGUCUAUUAGGAAGCAACGCUCCGAAUGGACACUCCCGGACGAGAUUGAGCUGCUGGAGAAGUGGGAGGCGCGUUCCCACGACCUCCGAAAAGCCAAAAGGAAUGCGCAUAUAUAUCGAGAAAUUGCAAUGGAAAUGGGAAGAAGAUACACAGCGGAGGAGGUUCACUGCAAAGUGAAAAAUUUAACAAAGAAAUACAGAGAGGAAAAAAGUAAAAUUGACCCAUCUGGCGGUAGUCCCUCUGUAUGGAAACAUUAUCAGGCAGUACAGCGUAUCAUAGGGUCCACUGCCGUCAAUUCGGCAUUGUAUGUUAAGACUGAUUCUUUGUAUUCACCAACAUCUUCGAUGCCAUCGCCGUCCUCUCCGUUUCCCUCUCCUCAGCUGCCAUCGCCAUCACCUCCGCUGCCAUCACCGUCAUCAUCAUCAGCAUCAAUGCAGUCACCAACUGCAAGAAAGCGGAAUUAUAAUGGUGAGAUGGUAAAGUUAAUAAAGCAGCAAACACAAAUACUAAAAACAAUUGCGGAAGAAUCAAAACUUGUCAAUCAGGAGAUGAUAGGGGCGAUUCUGGAGCAGAACCGAAUAACGGAAAAGUUGUCGACAUUAAUGGAAAAGAUAUCAGAAAAACUUGGAUUUUAAAUGAUAAGGAAAUGUUAUAAAUGUAAGUCAGUAUUAUAGGGCAUCUAUACUCACGAAAACUCAAUUUGCAUUUCUAACAGCCGAUGGUGAUCCAUCAUUGUCCCCAGCUCUUGUAGUGUGACGUAUUCGAUUUUCUGCAGUUUUUCUGCUGCAACUUGGAUCCACGAAGAAGGAAUUUCAUCAUUUUCCAUUUUUAAAAAAUUGUGCGAAAUACACCACGCAUGUACAAUAACGUUGACAUUUUUUGGAGCUACUAGUAAACCUCUGCCAAUUUUUCGAAAUCGGGCUUUAAGUUGGCCGAAAGCAUUUUCUAUAACUCUGCGACAUUUAGGAAUGAUAAUUGAAUGCUUUCUCUAAAAUUUUUUUAUUUGGUGUAUAUGGAAAUGGUUUCUUCAAUGAUUCUGCUGCUCUGAGAAAAAAUUUCGACGCUUUAUAUUUCUUUAGUGAACUAUUUUCACAAAUGUAGGAAUCAUUAUUCCUACCAGUCGAACCAACAUGUACACAUAUUUUUUUUUAAACGGCAACAAGUUAUCGAAUGAAAUGGACUACAUUUGGCCUAAAUCUGAUUUUCUAAACACAAAAUAACCCAAAAAAACAAAAUUAUGGUGCGUUAUGACACCAUAUACGGUAUAAGUGGAACUAUAGAAAAUAAAUAACUUCAUUUAUAGUAUUAGUACGUCUGUACAGGUUUAUGUUAUUUGUAUUAACUCAAAUCAACGUAACAUCUUAUCAUGUAUGAAUUUACUUACAAUUUAUACCUCGUUAUACUGAGUAGAAUUUGGUACAUUUAACAACAUUAAAUGAAUCAUAUUUAGCACAUUAA